AUGUGGCCGGCAUUUGUUGUUUUCGGAACACGUGUUUCGAGUGCAAUCGUACUACCGUUUGCUGCCGCGAUCGGUACCAUUGGCUAUUUCAUCGAGCAGCAGCUCUCGUCGAGGUCCAAAACAAUCCCCUACUUGGACACAUCAGUGCAUGAUGAUCGAAUGCGACGUCAAAUGGAAAUCGAACUCGAUCCCGAAUAUCAAACCCAGCAUACGCUAAAAGAAGAGAAAAAGAAAAUAGUUCCAAAGUCGAGUCUUCUACUGAAUACGGGCCGAAGUGGUGCGGCGCAGCACGGUUAA